AAGCUCCUCACAAAGGUGAGUAUGAGGGUCGUCAUGGACUCAGUCCGUCUGAAAGCUGCAGAAAAGCAGCUUUAGGAGUAAAUCCUCGUAGUUAUCUGGUUAUUAUCGGUGUGUUGAUAAAGAGGACUGGAGUUAGGGUUUAUCAGACGGGAGGGUUGGGUUAUCUCUGCGUAUAUAAAGAGGCUGCAGACUGGAGCUGUGUUAUACAGUCGGAGGUCACGAUGGGGAAGGACUUCCACCUUUACGAGAAUGUCUCGAACAUCAGUCCCUUCGAAGGCCCUCAGUAUCACCUGGCCCCCCGCUGGGCCUUCUACCUGCAGACCAUCUUCAUGGGCUUUGUCUUCUUUGCCGGGACGCCUCUCAACCUACUCGUGCUCUUCGUCACGCUGAAGCACAAGAAGCUGAGGGUUCCUCUGAACUACAUCCUGGUGAACGUGUCGUUCGCGGGCUUCAUCUUCACCACCUUCUCCGUCAGCCAGGUGUUCAUCUGCAGCGCCAGAGGCUAUUACUUCCUGGGUCACACCAUGUGCGCCCUGGAGGCCACCAUGGGUUCCAUCGCAGGGCUGGUGACGGCCUGGUCUCUGGCAGUUUUGUCUCUGGAGAGGUAUUUUGUGAUCUGCAAGCCGCUGGGGGCCUUCACGUUCAGCAACGAACAUGCUCUGGCCGCGGUCGGCUUCACCUGGUUCAUGGGGGUCGGCUGUGCCAUCCCACCUUUCUUCGGCUGGAGCAGGUACAUCCCUGAAGGCCUGGGCUGCGCCUGUGGACCGGACUGGUACACUCACAAUGAGGAGUAUCACUGCAGCAGCUACACCUUCUUCCUGAUGGUGACCUGCUUCAUCAUGCCGCUCAGCAUCAUCAUCUUCUGCUACGGCCAGCUGCUGAUGACCCUCAGAGCCGUGGCGGCGCAGCAGGCGGAGUCUGUCUCCACCCAGAAGGCAGAGAAGGAGGUCUCCAGGAUGAUCGUGGUGAUGGUGGGAUCCUUCGUCGUCUGUUACGCUCCCUACGCCCUCGCUGCCCUGUACUUCGCCUACUCCACGGAUCCGAACAAAGACUACAGACUGGUGGCCAUCCCUGCCAUAUUCUCCAAGAGCUCCUGCGUCUACAACCCUCUGAUCUACACCUUCAUGAACAAACAGUUUAAAGGCUGCAUCAUGGAGACAGUGUUUGGGAAGAACACGGAGGACGACUCUAAAGUGUCUACCUCAAAGACUGAGGUGUCCUCAGUGUCUUAACGAUGGGACAAAAUGACGACUGAUUAAAGGAU